CAUUUGCUUCAUAGUAUCGAACAUGAAGCAAAAGAUAAUAAUGAAGGUACAAAUGAAUUGCGAGAAAUGCAGAACCAAGGCCAUGAAGAUUGCUGCUGUGGCAGAAGGUGUGAUCUCAGUGGCGAUUGAAAGAGAAAAAAGUCUGGUGGUCGUGGUAGGAGACGGAGUUGAUUCGGUUAGCUUGGCCGGCUCACUAAGGAAGAAGCUUGGCUCUGCCAACAUUGAGAGUGUGCAAGAAGUGAAAGCAGAAAGUGCUGAGAAAAAAGACCCAAUUAUAUGGUAUAGCCAAUAUCCACAAUACCCCACGUAUGCAGUGGUUUCUGAUCAAUACCCUAGCAAUUGCGCCAUCAUGUGAUGAGUAUUGCAAGCUGAUCCAUGGGAUCAAUUGAGAUGUAAUUUUUUUUUUUCUUUGUUUUGUUCAUGCUCUUGCAUGCUGUUUUCCUUGUGUCUCCUAUACGUUUCUUAAUACAAUAAUAACAGGGACACAAUUAAAAAUAAAAAUAAAGCUUUGGUUAUUUUUUUUUUAAAAACUAGCUAGUUGAUAUAUUUUGUUAUAAGGACAAGAAGUCAU